UUCUUGACCAUCUGGAGAAUAAAUCUCACGGUUCUUCCGAGACCAGGAAACCACUACACAUUCGAGAACUUUAGGAGAAGGAGAUCUGUUCAGUGUAAGAGCGGUCCAGAAGAAGCGCCUGGCAGUUCAUCGUGCCUGUUGAAGAAGCUUCGGACUUUCCGGACUUAAGAGAUCUCUUCAUAUCAAAAGGGCGACAUCUUUCAUCGAGCGGGAAAUUCGAAAAAUAAGAGGGAAAAGACAUAUACGCACAUACGACCACGCGAUCGUGAGGGAGGUUCAUCGCAAGCAUAACAUACAACGGGACGCCGAUUACUCCAGCAGAGCUCUUGACGAGUCAGUUCACAAAGCGCGCCUCUCUUAGACCACGUUCGUUCUCUCCAUACCGACCACUCCAUAUCCAAACUACAGUACACCUCCUCUUCGCUAGAAAUUCCCAAAGAACAAGUAACGAAACCAUGGCCGACUUCCUCCCCUCCCUCUGGUCCUCCAUUUUCACGCCCGGCCCCACACCGACCCUCCUCCUCGCCACAAACCUCACCUUCGCCUCCCUGCAACUCCUCCUCUUCGCCCUGCUCCUCGCAACCUACAGCAUCCACUUCCUCAUCCUAAGUGGUCUCUGCGGCGGCCUCUGGGCCAGCAUCAAUUGGUUCGCGCGCGAACUGAUCGCCGCCGAAGCCAAAGAGAAGGAAGCGAAGCGACUCCGGCAACGGGAGAAGGAAAGGAGGGAUGAAGCGCGAGGCGGCCAGGAAGAGGCGGACGACGAAGGCGAAGAGACGGAGACGGAAGGCGACGGCGCGACGGCCUCGAUGAUCGUCGUGGACCCUCCCACGGACUCGACAACGAAGCAGUCCAACACAGAGCAGCCGACUCCUCACGCGGACCAGACUCAAAGCGAAACUCUAUCAUCAACAAACGAAACCCUCCGACAGAGAAAACCCGCGCCCUCAGAGAGCGUCCGGAGCGAGCAGAGCCAGUCCUCCCUCCACAGUGCGAAUUCCCUCCACGAAGCAGGCAGCACCGAUUCGGAAUGGGAGAAGGUCGACGACAAGGACGCAGCGGCGGGGGUCCAGCAGCGAAGAGCAUGA